AUGGAGCCAUUGCCUCUUCCUCAAGAUAUCCUUCUACUGCUAUGUCAGGAACUGGGUGCGCGUCGCGACUUCGCCACAUUGUUCUGCCUCUCUCGUGUCAGCCGGCGCGUUGCUAGUAUUGCUCUCGAGCAGCUCUACAGAGUGCGCGACGAAGCCGACACGUUUCCAGAUGGAAAACUUCAGACUGCCCAACUAUGGAGGUCCAUCGUCCUUUCUAGCCUCGGAAUGACCGCAUAUCCAUACUGCGCAUACGUACGCGCUCUGUCGCUGGGGCAUUUGGUGGAGUGCCUCGAGGAGAUGCGGCCCGAUAAGGCUGUCCGGGAAUUCUUCUUCGACGGCCCCAUGCACCAGUUCUUGGUCUUGCGCGGCCUUCCGACAAGAAAUACACGCGACAACUCUUCGUUUCUGCCUAUAGAUAUGGAUCGCACAGUGGUCAAAUGUGUCGACUCUAUCACUAUUUACAUCAGAGAGCUGGCCGAUAGCAAUGGGACCGCGGUGGCGCUGACUCACUUGGAAGGGGUGUUCAUCCCUCACGAUAUCUUACCAACAUGGAUCACUCGCCUAGGCACACUGACAUCUCUGCGUCUGAGAGAUGGGUCGGUCCUCGGUGUCGAAGCUGCCAGCGCCAUCUCUGAGUGUUGCCCUAAGUUUGGCGAGUUAGUUUGCUACUACUACCAAAGUGGUAGUGCCGACGAGGACAUGGCCGCCUUCUUCCAGACGCUUCGUCCCAACACCCUACGGAAAUUUGAGGUCCUGAGCCGCAACCAGCUCGGCGAGAAAUCCUUUACCGCUCUAACUGCACACGCGGAGUCUUUGAGAAGUCUCACGAUUACUAGCCUGUCCCGGCUGGCCAUGCAAGGUCUCAAUAUGCUCUCCCCCUGCACUGCUUUGGAGAUCUUGAAUAUCGAAAACGAUCGCUUUGAUUCGGAAGCCUUGAGCGAGAGUCUCGUCAAGGAGGUUGCGACAUGGAUAAGCAAUUGCAAAUCACUUCGGGAAUUGACUCUUACUCACGUUCAAGAUGCCCUGGCCAUCCUGAAGGAAGUUAUGGAAGCUCCAGGCAUUCAUCUCACUACUCUCCACGUCAAGGAUUUUUCGUCGGCAUCCCCAGAGGUCACAAGAGCCGCUUGGGCCUCGCUAGGCCUGCAAAAUCGACUCGAGGUUCUCAGUAUCAACGAACAGGACGGAAUCGUCGAUGGACUGAUUGUGACGCGGACCCCCCAACUGACGGAGUCGCUCUGUCGCUUAAAGAGUCUCUCGUCCUUGGAUCUUUUGCAAGCGUAUGUCUCGUCCUCUGAUAUCCGACUAUUCGCCACAGCCCUGCCCAACAUCGAAUAUCUCAGCUUUGGAGGCGAUCUACUCGAUGAAGCCAUCCUGGUAACCCUGAGCACAAUCCCCAAGCUGAAGGCUUUAUCGAUCAACGGCACAUCAGCCUUCCGAUUCGACAGCCUCAAAGACUUUGCACAAAGGCUCGACUCCUCUGCCCACCAAGGCAUCCGUGUCGAGAUACUGAAUCAGUGGCCCGGUGCAAGGGUCACCGAAGAAGAGGAACAAUGGCUAGAGAGAUAUUUUGCCGAUACUCUGAACGGAAGAAUCGUGAUCCACUUUCCGAACGACCCGGAUGAGCUACACGAAGGAGACUUUUCCGACUCGGACUGA